AUGGAGAAGGAGAAGCCGGUUCGUUUGGGCCAGAAAGUGCGGAUUCAAGAUAAAGGAGUUGGAACAGUUGCUUUUGUAGGAAUGACAACAUUCGCUGCAGGAAAAUGGAUUGGAAUUGUGUUGGAUGAGCCAAAUGGAAAAAAUAAUGGAAAUGUUCAAGGAAAAACAUAUUUCAAAUGUAACGACAACUAUGGUUUAUUUGUUCGACCUGCUCAAAUAAUUCCAAUCGAUGACGCCAGUGCUGAUUCUGUGCCUGAUGAAAAUACAAUUGAUUUACCAACAGGAUUGUCGAACAUGGUACGCUCACCAUCGAAUCAAUCAUUGGGGUCGAAAUCACAGGGUAGCACAAAUAGUGGAAUAUCAACACCAGUACAAAAUAAAACAGCACUAUCAUCUGAGCCUACAUUUAAAAAACCAAGUGCACUGAAAGUACCAUCUAGCAGUAAAUUGCCAGGACCGCCUAAGGCGAAUCCUCGAGGAGAAAAUGAUUUGGAAACAGAAGAAGGUCUGGUCAAAACACCUUAUUCAUCCGAUGACAUCGCUAAGAAAGGUGUCAAUCCACCAAAUAAAGCUUAUUCAACUGAAAAUGUGAAUAUCACAACAUCUAGUAACGCGAAUAGCGAUAAUGCAUCAACUACAUCAUUGUCUUCCGCUGAAAGUAGUCAGUUAUUAUCAUCAGCUAAUGAUCAAAGUCAUCAGGACGCUUCGAAUACAGUUAUUUCAAAACCACAAACGACAGAUACAAGAGCAACAGUAAGAAAACAAAGUAUACCUACAAUUCCCAAACCAGGAACGACUCAAUCUACAGCCGCAGUGGAAAAUGAUCAAUCACAAAACGGAGCAAAUGAUCAAGAAGUGAUUACUGCAUUAAAAACAAAAUUAAUCGAUUACGAAGAACAAAUUCAAACGUUAAUCAAGAAAAGACGAGAAGAUGUAGAAAAAACAAAAGAUUUUGAACGAGCAAAAAUUCAAGUAGAUCAAUUACAAACGUAUAAGCGCGAAGCACAAGAAAGAUUAAAUGAAUUAAAUCAUAAAUUACAAGCACAAGAAAAUGAAUUAAAAGAUGUUAAAGAAAAAUUUUUAACUUAUAAAGAUGAAAUGUCAGAUGUUGAAGAGCGAAUAGAAUCAGUUACUCUCGAUAAAGAAUUUGCCGAAGAAAAACUUGAAAGUGUUGUACUAGAGAAUACAACUUUAAAAGAAAAGUUAGAGGAAGUUACACUUGAGUUAGACGUAAUCAAAGGCGAAAUUCAAUUAAAUGGGCCAUCUCAAGCAGCCGACACAAUACAAAAGAAAGUCGAUGAUGAGCGAACAGUGAAAAUGGAACAAGCGUUAGUUAAACUGCGUGAUUUAUUGUUAGCAAAACAAUCAGACGCAGAUGCUUUGACAAAACAAUCUGAGGAAAUGGUACAAAAAUUAAAAGUAUUAACAAAAGAAAAUGAACAUUAUAAGACAGACGUUGCUAGUAUGCAAACAACAAUAACUGAUUUAAAAGAACAAGUUGAUACAUGUUUGGGUGCACAACAAAUGGUUGAUAUAUUAACAACAAAAAACUUAUCAUUAGAAGAUCAAGUUCGAGAAUUACAAGAAACUGAAUCUCUGUGUGAUAUGGACAAAGAAAUUGAACAAAAUGCAAAAGAAGUUGAACGCGAUCUUCGUGAAAGCGUGGACCUUAAACAGACUCAACUACAAGAGAGUGAAAGGCAAAUUGAACUACUACGCUAUUCAAUUGGUGAUCAUGAGAAAACCAUAUUAAAAUUUCGUGAAACAGUUAAAAAUAUGCAGGCACAAAAUGAUCAACUUAAAAAACAAAUGGAAAAAUAUGAUGAACAACUCAAAUUAGCUACCUCAACUCAAUCAAGCGAUUUUACAUCAAAAAUACUUGAAACAAAAAGUUAUGCAAAAACAAUCGAAUCUGAAUUGAAGAAACUCGAUGCUGCUAAUUCCAAACGUCAUGUUACAUUAUUAUUAAUGUUUUUACCUGAGCAAUUUAUUAAACGUGGCGGUGAUCACGAUUGUAUUCUUGUUCAGCUAUUAAUUCAACGUUUAAUUGCCAAAUGUGAUUUAUUAGCGACUCGAAUUAAAGAAAAAUUUGAGCGAAUUGAUAAAGUUACAGAAGAAGAUGUCAUUAAAUCCCAUCGUGCUGAACAAUGGAGUUUUGCUUGUGAAUUAUGUCAAAUACUGAGUACAUUUCAAUUGAUUCUUAGAAAAUAUGCCAAAGCUGUUGAAACAUGUAGUCCAGAAAUUCUUCGUCAACUUGGUGCAGCAUACUUAGAAUUAUGUAUGCAUGAAAAAUCAAUUGAUUUUCUUAUUGAUUUAUUGCAAAAAGAUCAAUUACAUGGUGCAAUAUCGUUGGAUGCUAUUGAUAAAGCAAUUGGUUUUUAUCGGCAUAUUUAUAAGAGUAAUCUUAGUCAAGAAAAAUUUUCUAUGUCAGAUUAUAUGAAUGGUGUUACAAGAGUUGUCUCAAUAGCAUCAGAUUCAUUACAAACAGAUAUUCAACGUUUACAAGUAUUAAUGAAAAACGGAAAUAAUGAAAGUCAAUUUGCAUCAUUAGUUAAACGUCUUGUUACAAGUAAUGAACAAAUUAAAACACAAGCAAAUAGAAUUCAUCGACUUAUUCCACAAGAAAGUGAUACACAACGAUGGAUUCUACUUGAUACACCAACAAUUUUAGCUAUUGAAACAAUAAUUAAAAAUCUAGAACGUUUAUGUAAAACAUUUCGAGAGAUAUGUAAUGGUUUAACAUCACAAAUAAUUAUGUUAGCAGAUUCUAAUGAACAUGUUAGUAUUCAAGAAAUCGAAAAUAUUGCUUAUCAAGCAUGUGACAAAGUGUAUAAAAGUGAAGAUGGUGGUCCAUAUGAAAGUUUAUGGAGUUCAAUGCAUGAAGCAGUAACUGUACUGAGUACAAUUAGUAAUGGUUUAGAAACAGGUGCAUUUGAUUCAACUCAACAAGAAGAAAAAUCACGAUCACCAAUCAAUAUCCUUGCUGAUCAAUUAAAAGCCACAAUGAAUGAAUCAGACGUUAUACGUUCUAAAUUAGAAAUAAAAGAUGAAGAAUUAAUGGAAUUAAGAAAAUUAUUAAAAUUAAAAACUGAUGAAUUAGGUGAAGUAAAUAUACGUCUGUCAUUAAAUGAUAAAAAAAUUGAUACAGUACAACGAGAAUCUGAAGAUAAAUUAAAUAAGAUAAAACAACAAUUAGAAGAAACAAAAGUUGAUUUACAAAAAAAGAUUAAACAAUGUGAAGAAACAAUUGAAGUGUUACAAAAUGAUAAUGAACAAUUAGAACAAGAAAAAACUGCAUUAAAAGAUAGAUUAAACAAAUUAUCAAAGAAAACUCUUGUAGAUGAUAUAAUUACGAAGAAAGGUCAAAGAACAUCGUUGCUUAGUCCAACGGGAGCAUUUCAACCGGUCGAUGGUAAAUCAUCUCCUCAGCGUCAAAUAUCAUCACCAUACUUCGAAACAAAUCCAUCUUAUAUUGAACGAGAAAUAUCUGUAUUACGUAAUACAAUUAAAAUAUUAAAAGAUGAAUUAUGGCAUUUAAAAACAAAUAAGAAUAUGCAAGAAUUUUCUAAAUUAACACCGUUAAGUUCCUCGAGUACUGGCAAUGAAAAUGAAGGAAAAGAGAAUGAAAUGGCAGAUAUUUAUAAAAAUUCAACAACGUUACUUAAUGAUCUUUAUUCUACAAUAGUAAAUUAUAAAAUAACUGGUGAAAAUGUAGCAGCAAAACAAGAGUUAUUACGAUCAAAAAUGAAAUUAGUUGAACAAACCGCAUCAGAUCUUGGAAAUCGUUUGAACAAAUGCCAGAGUAAAUUAUUACCUGGUAGUACAAUUCAAACAUCCAUGAAAACAUUUACAAAUCCCGAAUUUGCAAAAUCAUUAAACAAAGAUCGUCAACUUGUAGCAGAAAUUCAUUUACCAUGUAACAAUGGUGGUAAAAAAGAUGAAAUUGAAUUGAACAUUACUCAAGAUCAAUGGCGUUUAAUUAUGCAUGAAAUUGCCGGACAUGUUUAA